UGGAGACAUACUCCGUAGUCUUAGUCCGUUCACUAUAAUUGUUUGCUCUGAUGUCUACUAACAGUGAGACUGCAUCUCUCCUCUCUGGAGAGGCCAGAGAGACAGAGUAUGGGUCGGACAAUGAUGAGGGUAUGGAAGAACAGGAAGAAGAUGGUAUAACUGUCUCUCCUCCACUCCAGGGAACAAGAGAAGAGGAAGAGGAAACUGAACAGAAAGAUGAUGAACAAAGUUGUGGUAUGAAGUAUGUGUUUAAGAAGAUACUCAAUGUCCUCCCGUCAUUUGGUGAUGAUGGAGACGAUCCUACCAGUGAAGCUAAUGAGGAGGCACUACGUUUUGGAGCUCAGCAGAUGAUUCUGUUAAUAUUUCCAGUCUUCAUCUGCAUGGCUCUGGUGGUCGCCAUACAGCUGUCUGUUGAAAAGAAUGUGACCAGUUCUGGAACACUGAUAUAUACUCCAUUUGAUGAGGACACUGCCUCCAAUGAUGGAUUUGUUCUUUUAUUUGCUCUGGCUAACGUAGCCAUUGUCAUUACUCUGGUGGUUGUCAUGACAAUCAUACUAGUGUGUCUCUAUAAGUAUAGAUGCUAUAAGAUCAUUUAUGGUUGGCUUGUAGUAGCGUCUGCUUUACUCCUGUUUGUCUUCUCUUCAUUUUUCUUUGUUGAGGUUCUUCAGGUUCAUUAUUUAUUCAUUGACUGGCCGUCCUUUCUUGUCCUUAUAUGGAAUUUUGGUGGUAUGGGUGUCCUUGUCAUUCACUGGAAGGGACCACUUCGCUUGCAACAAGCUUACCUCAUCUUCUGUAGCGCUCUCACUGCUAAUAUUUUUGUGAAAUAUCUUCCCAACUGGACAGCUUGGAUCCUACUAGCUGCGAUAUCCUUAUAUGACCUAAUAGCUGUCCUUUGUCCAAAGGGUCCUUUGAGAGUUCUUGUUGAAACUGCGAGAGAAAGAAAUGAAACCAUCUUUCCAUCAUUGAUAUAUUCAACUACUAUGGUGUGGCUGGUUGGAAUGGCUGAUAGACCCACCAAUAAAAAGAAAGAUAAGAAAAAUACAGAUGAUACCAGUGGCAGUAGUGAUGGGAGCCACGAGGAGGAGGAGGAGGAGGAGGGAGGAGGAGAGAGAGAGGGCAGGAGGGAUAAUGACGAUGGUGAUGAUGAUACCGAUGGUAUUGAAAUGAGGAGUAUAAGAGCAGCUGCUGAUACUAACAGAGAGAGGAGAAGAGAAAGACAGCAGCAGCAGCAGCAAGAGGAGGAGGAGGAGGAGGAGGAGCAAGAAGAAAGGCAAGGUUUUAAACUAGGACUGGGUGAUUUCAUAUUCUACAGUAUCCUGGUGGGUAAGGCAGCUCACGACAGCACUGGGGACUGGGUUGUCAUAUCCUCUUGUUUUGUGGCCAUUUUGAUAGGUCUGUGUAUGACUAUCAUAAUACUGGGUAUUGUUAGGCGGGCCCUCCCUGCUCUACCCAUCUCUAUAUUCUGUGGUCUCAUAUUCUAUUUUAGUUCUCAAUAUGUCAUUGCUCCUUUUGCUCAAGUCCUUGCUACUACUCAGACAUUUAUAUGAUGGUUUUGUCAUUUUAUUGCUUUAUUAAAAAUAGUCAUUAUUAUUGUGUUUCUUGUAUCCAUUAUAACUUGAUAACCAA